UGGCGACUUCGCACAUGCGCAUUCGUGUCCAGCGCUGAUGCAAGAAAUAUCUCGACGCAAGACGUGUGGAAGUGAUCUAGAGACAAGAGACGUUGACUGAAUUUUUCUCCGCUUCGAGCCGCAAACAUGUCCGGAGACGAGAUGAUUUUCGAUCCCAACAUGACCAAGAAGAAGAAAAAGAAGAAGAAGCCCUUCAUGCUGGACGAGGAAGGAGGAGAGGGGGUAGGAGGAGAAGAGGCGAAGGAGGUGGAAGCCAAGGAGGCAGAGCCGGAGGUGGGAGAGGACAAGGAGCUGGACAUGGAUGAAGAUGAAGGCCGGAAAAAAGAAACGUCCGACGAUUUGAACGACCUCAACUUUUUCAACCAGAAGAAAAAGAAGAAGAAGCCCAAGAAGGUGUUUGAUAAUGACAUAGAAGAAGGAUUAAAGGAGCUGAAAAUCGAAGGGGAGCAGGUGGAGACGAUCGAGGAGGAUAACCUAGAUUUCUCUAGCAAAAAGAAGAAGCCAAAGAAAGUGGACUUUGACGAGGGAGAGCCUCUGGAAAAAGAUGACGCAAUGGAGGACGACGAGGGCAAGAACAACGAUGGCAUUUCGUUCAUUUCCCCCACCGGACCGGCGUGGGCCGGCACAGAAAGAGACUACACUUAUGACGAGCUCCUAAACAGAGUUUUCAACAUCAUGAGGGAGAAAAAUCCCGACAUGGUGGCUGGAGAGAAGAGGAAGUUUGUGAUGAAGCCCCCUCAGGUGGUCCGAGUGGGAACCAAGAAAACCUCUUUUGUCAACUUCACAGAUAUCUGCAAACUGUUGCAUCGUCAGCCUAAACAUCUUCUUGCUUUUCUGCUGGCUGAGCUGGGAACAAGCGGCUCUAUAGAUGGAAACAACCAGCUUGUGAUCAAAGGCAGAUUUCAACAGAAACAGAUAGAAAACGUGUUGAGAAGAUAUAUCAAGGAAUACGUGACGUGUCACACCUGCCGCUCCCCAGAGACCAUCCUGCAGAAGGACACCCGUCUUUACUUCCUGCAGUGCGAGACGUGCCACUCCCGCUGCUCCGUCGCUAGCAUCAAGACCGGCUUCCAGGCCGUGACGGGCAAGAGGGCGCAGCUCCGCGCCAAAGCCAACUAACCGGCCACGAAGCCUGGGCCCCCCCCUCCUCCUCCUCCUCCUCCUCCCUCUUCUAACGUCCGUUUCCCCCUGAAGCCGGGGUCAAGACGCCCUCAUUGAUUUGCUUAAAGAACUCUCUGAACGGAACUGCGGGAGUUUGGCUGUGUAGUUGUCAUUGCCCGUACAGGCAGGUGGGGAGUGAGAGAUCCUCUAAAAGCAACAGAAAAGGUUCAGGUGCUGUAGAGCAGGUGACGUUCGCCAGGAACCCCCACUGGGUCGAAUGCAUUUGUGUUGUUGUUGUUAAGCCGACGAACCCUCUGCCUCUUAGAACUUUCUCCAUUUGCUGUGAUUAAUAUUUUUUUUCUUUGAUUUUGUUCAAGAAAAGCCCGAUUGACCACAGCUCGAAUUUGUUCUCUGCCACUUGACACAUGCCAGAGAUGAAGAAUCCGUCAGAUUGUGUUAAACCAGGCUGACUCACAUAAGGGUUUCGCUGCUGCUUGGAUGUCUGUCUAUAUUCUUCGGCUCAUCCCGGCCAGACCGAGGGCUGUUAGUUUUUAUUUUGGCCCAGGUCACUCUACACUCUGUGUUAGGUGUCUAUGCAGCUCCCUGAUGCAGAGAAAGAGCUAAUUGACAAGACUAGGAUUCAUUUAUAGUUUAAGACUAAUUAGUGGAAAAUAUUCUUAAUCUGGCUUGCUAGUGGCUUUACUGUCAACGGUGAAAAUGAAAAUGGGGCUAAAAAAAAAAGAAAACUGAAAGUGAUUAUUGUGGUGAGGCUGUGUUGGAAAAAAGUAAUCUGAGUACUUUUGUUGCAUUGGAGGUUUCUAAAGAUUAGAUCAACAUGUUUUUACCAACCUGAUUUGAGCAAUUUGAAAUUAAAGUUUUGUCAAUAAAAAGUCGGUUUACUGGAGUUGAUGGCAAAAAGAAAAAAAAGAUAAAACCUAAAGGUUCACUUUUUGUUUAUAUUUACUCCAUAAUCUAUCCCGAAUAUGAAGUCGGUUCACGUGCUGCAGGCCACAUGAUGGUGGUUCUGCUUUUGUAUGAGCCUAAUGAGUUAGGUCGGACCAGUCGUUUUAAAACCGGGUUUUUACAUAAAUAAAAUGUUCUCUCUCUCUCUCCAUUA